AUGAACAACGAACGGUUCAGCAACUAUUACAAAGCUCAGAAUAUUAUGCCAGACAGUGAAUGGGAAGAAUUUAUGGGAGCCUUGAGGACACCGCUGCCCACCACAUUUCGUGUCGCAGGGAGCCGAGAGAUAGCUCACGCUCUCAACCAGACAAUACAAGAUACCUACGUUCCUUUGCUGAGCAAUGCCGUUUUUGAAGGAGAAUCUGUGCCUCCUCCCGCUCAAAUCCCCUGGUAUCCUGAAGGUCUAGCCUGGCAAUUCAACGUUUCAAAGAAAGUUCUUCGGAAAUCCGUGGAAUUCAAGAAAUUCCACUCAUUUCUUGUGUUUGAGACGGAAGUAGGUAAUAUAUCACGUCAGGAGGCCGUCAGCAUGUUACCACCCCUUCUUCUUGAUGUUCAACCUCACCAUUGUGUAAUCGAUAUGUGCGCCGCACCUGGUUCGAAAACGGCACAGCUUUUGGAAGCUUUGCAUGCUCACGAUACUGUGACAUCGACAUCAAUACCUCCUGGUCUUCUGAUUGCCAAUGAUAGUGAUUACAAACGAGCACAUUUACUAAUUCAUCAAUCUGCACGACUUCCUAGCCCAGCUCUCAUGGUCACCAACCUUGAUGCGUCUAUAUAUCCCAUACUAAAAGUGCCUUCCGGCAAUCCUGCUGGUCCUCGUACGGCCAAGAAACUACAAGAUCAGUUAUUAUUCGAUCGAAUCCUAUGUGAUGUUCCUUGUAGUGGGGACGGUACUCUUCGCAAAAAUGUUGGUAUUUGGAAGCACUGGCAACCUAUGGACGGAAAUGGUCUGCAUGGCUUGCAGGUUCGCAUUUUACAGCGUGCUAUGCGAAUGCUAAAAGAAGAUGGCCGUAUCGUAUACUCUACAUGUUCCUUAAAUCCCGUGGAAAAUGAAGCUGUUGUUGCAGCUGCUCUUAACUCCCACAAAGACUUUGAACUCCUUGAUGUUUCCAUGCAACUACCACAGCUGAUCAGACGACCUGGUAUUACGACUUGGAGACCCACCGUGGAUCGUUCCAUCAACACUGUUUUUGAUACAUACGAAGAUUACACACAGACCUUGGACGAAACUCAGCGCGAGGACAGUAAAAUGCUGAGUUCACACUGGCCUCCUAGCAAUACAAAGGAACUGAACCUGACUCGUUGUCUUCGAAUAUAUCCGCAUCUCCAAGAUACGGGUGGAUUCUUUGUGGCUGUACUUCAAAGGAAACAGAGCACAGCGUCUCCUGAAAGCAUUUCUACAACGACUGCGUGUGAUGUUGAAGGAGAGAGAAAGUCGACCCCAGCACCAUCUCGUAGUCAACAAAAAAGCAAGGUUGCCGACCCUUCGUUCAAGGAGAUGCCUUACACUUUCGUUGCUUCCGAUGACCCUGUGCUACAGUCUUGCAUCGAAAGGCUCAAAUUAACCUCUGAUUUUCCAUCACAUAACAUCCUUGUUCGCAAUCCAGAUGGAGGUGCUGUGCGUUCAUUCUACGUAACUAAUCCCCUCGUCAAAGCCGUUGUGGAGAAUAACGAUUACACUCGCCUACGACUACUUACGUGUGGGACUAAAGUUAUCACCAAGCAAGAAGCUGGUAGGGGGCUUGAUACGCAAUUCCGAGUGCUGGGAGAGGGUCUGCCUGUUGUGUUGCCUUACAUCAAUCCGGAAUCGAUUAUGACCUCAGAACUAUCUACGCUCAAGACUCUUCUGGAAGCUUAUUAUCCUUUGUGUACUGCUUUCCCUGAACCUUUCCAAUCUGUUAUUGAAGCGCGAGCUGGCGGGAGUCAUAUCGUCCGUUUCCCGUCUGGAAAAUGGAAGGACUCGACACUAACUCACGAUCUUGUACUGCCACUUUGGAAAUCCAAUGUCUCCGUCACCCUGAUGAUUGAUAAGAAAGCGAAAAGGUUAACCUACAUGCUUAUGAUGUGA